AUGGAUCCCUUAUACUUUUCCAACACAUUUAGCACAGAAGCUAGUUCCAGCGAUGUGAAUUCUUCACUGCUGACCAACGUGACAGAGAAUGGGACUCUCCCAGAGCAGCCCUCAUUCAAAUACAUCCACAAAGUCCUGAUUCCCAUCUGUUACCUCCUUGUAUGUGCAGUCGGACUCAGCGGCAACACAUUGGUCAUUUACGUGGUUUUGCGCUAUGCCAAGAUGAAAACCGUCACCAACAUAUACAUCUUGAAUUUAGCCGUUGCCGACGUACUCUUCAUGCUGGGCCUGCCCUUCCUGGCCACCCAGAACGCCAUCUCCUAUUGGCCUUUUGGCUCCUUUUUGUGCAGGCUGGUUAUGACUGUAGAUGGUAUUAACCAAUUCACUAGUAUUUUUUGUUUGACUGUGAUGAGCAUGGACCGCUACCUGGCAGUAGUUCAUCCCAUUAAAUCAACCAAGUGGAGACGUCCCAGGGUGGCCAAGCUCAUCAGCGUGACUGUCUGGACAUUCUCGUUCUUGGUGGUGCUUCCAGUCAUCAUCUUUUCGGAUGUGCAGGAAGACUUUCACACCUGCAACAUGAACUGGCCAGAGCCCGUCAACAUCUGGUCAGCAGCGUUCAUCAUUUACACAUCGGUCCUUGGUUUUUUUGGCCCUUUGUUGGUGAUCUGUCUCUGCUACUUGCUGAUCGUGAUUAAAGUCAAAUCUUCAGGGAUCCGAGUUGGGUCUACGAGGCGCAGGAGAUCAGAGAGGAAGGUGACCAGGAUGGUGGUGAUCAUUGUGGUGGUCUUUGUGUUUUGCUGGCUCCCCUUUUACAUGAUGAACAUUGUCAAUUUGAUAUUUAUACUGCCAGAAGACCCUGUGUUGGUAGGGGUGUACUUCUUUGUGGUGGUCCUGUCCUAUGCAAACAGCUGUGCCAACCCCAUUCUUUAUGGAUUUCUUUCUGACAACUUCAAGCAGAGUUUUCAGAAAGUCCUUUGCCUCCAAAAGGGCAAUGGUGUAGAGGAUGGUGACCCCAUUGAACACAGGCAAGAGAACAGCAGCCGCUUGCAGGAAUCAAUGUUAACCCAGAGAAAUAUUGAAUUCAAUGGACACAUGCAGACUAGCAAGGUCUAA